AUAUCGUCCUCUCUCACGUGCCUGCGAAUCCCACUAAUGUACUUAUGAAGAGUGACGUCAUUGGGCGAUUACCUGAGGACAGAUGCACGAGUGAGCCGCUUUAUAAACUUGAAGCUCGAGAACACAGUUGUAAAGAGACAGAUACAGCAUGCAAGAGGUUGGAAGUUUAGUUCCUUUGAUAAAAUACUAUCAGGAGUUUCAGCAGAUAUCAGGUGUCAAUGCAGCCUGCACAUACCAACAAUAUCCAUUAGACUGGGAUAUAUGGGAUUGGCCAUUUGGAAAUACUUGUUUUCAUUACUGAAAUAUCCCAAGAUCAUUGACUCUCAUAUCUUGAGAAAAGCUCAAACCUAGUUAGUGCAAUAGCUGAUUUACACUCCCAGGAAUAAACAAGCUAAAGGCGAAAUGAACUCUUUGAUGAAAAAGUCCCUGGGCGCCCCCAUCCGACACAUGACCAGUUGUGUGACAGGAGUUCAGGACGGCUUCAGUAGAAAGAGCAAGACUGUCCGGAGGAAGAGCGCUCCAUGUUGCUACGGUCAGACCGCACACGACUCGUCUUGGAUAAGGGCCUACCAAACAGAAUUGCACAGGGAAAGGAAAUUAAGGCAGGUGAAGUUUGCACAGAAGAACGCAGAGAGGGCCGCGAUAAGGGCGCAUUACAAAAGUCCACACCGCUACUCCAAGACACCGGUUCAGAGAACACAUGUAAAAAGCAAGAUGGCCUCCAAAAAUGAUGACUCUCUUUUCGGUGCCUUCCAAGGGCUCAGUCUCAACAUGGGUGGAGCCCAGUCUUCAAUGCCAACAGCAACGAGUGCAGAUCAAUGUAAAGUCAUGUAAUGGCAUUGAAGAAAACCAAUUUAACACUGUAUCUCGGAUAAUGUGACAUUAAACAUGACAUGAGCCAAUUUGUUUUUUAUUGUUAAUACUGUAUGACUAUGUAAGUCCUAAUUAAGCUUUAUUUAUUUUAUUUACUUACUAUUAAAUAGUAAUAAUACUGAAAUAUAUAUUUUACAAAAACAUAUGUAAUGUAUAAGCUUUUUGACAUCUUUGUAAACUUUUGCUAUUUAUUUGAAAAUGUUAAACAUGGAUCAAUGGUAUUGUUGUUCUUAUAUAAUGUAAGCUGUAUUAACAUUCUGUUAACCAUGAUACAUUAAAGAAAGGCCUUCCUUUGUGUUGGAUAGGAAGUAGGGCAUGGCUUUAAUUAUUUUCAUCAUCAAGGUUAAACAUCUUGGAUUCGGGAACACGAUAUCUUGCACUUUAAAGGAUUGAUGGAGACCGAAACCAGACACUGUUUGUUGAAGACACAUAAUUUAGGCUACUGUCCUGCUAAUGAUCAUAGUGAACUGCACAACAUUGUAAAAAAAGUACAACAACCCAGGUUUACAAUGAUACUAAAACUCACUAGUGUAAAUUUUGAUUUAUUUGAUCACAAAAUACAAAAUAACAACAACACACUUUUUUGCAUUGCAAGAUGUUCUUAAAACCCCUAGAUUAGUUACCAUCUUUGCGUUAAACUAAAUUCAGACUGAAUAAACUGAUCAAAUUGUAAAAAAAUGCAGCAUUUUUGUCAAAUCAACACACAUUUUUAUGUUACCUUAACUCAACAAAAGUUAAAGGGGUUAUAGCGUU